AUGCAGGCUGGGUCUCUCCUCUGGUGCGGUGGGCUGGCGGCUGGGUAUCUCCUUCUCCUGUGCGGUGAGUGGCAGUUAAGGGGAGGGUGCGGCGGCGGCGGCUCGAAGCCCAGGUUGGGAGGUAUGAGACGAGAAAAGGGGAGAGGGGAUCGCAGGUAUGUUGUUGAUGCAGCAGAUCGGGAGAACAUGGCUAUUGCCAAAAGUGAGCUCCAUGACCUUCUGAGCAAGCCAUCUUUGACCGGUAUCCCAUUACUGGUCAUUGGCAACAAAAUCGACAAGCCUGAAGCUUUCCCCAAGCAAAGUUUCACAGAAUUGAUGGGUCUGAAGGCAAUGACUGAUCGAGAAGUGGCCUGCUUCAUGAUAUCAUGCAAGAACUCAACCAACAUUGAUUCCGUCAUCGACUGGCUCGUGAAGCACUCAAAGAAGAAGAACUGA